AUGUCUAAGACUUCGCCUUUUACAAAUUUGUCGUUUGCAAGUUCGUUGUCAUCUCUUUUGGAAAAUAUAGAGAUGUAUGACGAUAAUAAUGAAUAUGUACCAAUUUUAACAUUUUGUCAAUAUUUUUUAAAUGACUCAGAUUCAGAUAAUGAGAAUAAGGAUGAAAAUGCUGCAGACACAAGUGUCCCUAAGAGAAAACGUAAACAAGCCCUCCAACUAGCACCACCACCUACCUUUGAACCAUUGGUUCACCCAAGUCCUUUGCGUCGUACAAUGGGAAGAUAUAACCUGCAACGAGCUUCUUGUUUGGGUUGCCUUGGUUAUUUAUCAGGACUUUUCAAGUUGCCAUCCCAUAACCAAUAUUGGAAUGAAGAUCCAAGGCUCCUGAUUCAUCAAAUUUCAAAGCAAAUGAUAUUCAAAUGCUUUGAAUCAAUAAAGAGGUUUUUUCAUGUCUCCUCUUCCGCCCUCACAUCUAUAUUAAAAAAUUAUUUUAAUAAAGUAGAACUACUACUUUCCCACAUUUGUGAGGCUUCGAAACAGUACUACACACCAGAAUCAAAUGUUUCAGUAGAUAAAAUGAUAAUACGAUUUUCUGAAAAAAGUAUCCAUACAGUGCGAAUGAAAAAUAAGCCAGUUCUGGAAGGUUUCAAGAUUUUUUCUCUUUGCGAAUCCGGGUACACAUACACUUUUCUACCAACAUCAUACAUCGCCUCAAGUAAUGUUGCAAAAGUGAAUAGUCUUACUAAAGUUGGGUCUCAAGUUCUUCACCUUGUUGAACAACUUCCAUACAAACAGUAUUCUUACAAUAUAUACAUAAACAAUUAUUUUACCAGUGUUCCUCUCUUUCAGCAUCUUCGACAAAUCAGCGUUGGAGCUUGUGGAACUGUUCGAAAAACGGUAGCUAGAUUUCCAAAGGAAUUAAAAGUAGAUAAAGGUGCUAAAUUAGAUUGGGACGUCCGUUCUGGUGUUGAAGUAAAUGGUGCAUUGGCUAUUUUUUGGCAAGACAAUGGGCCAGUCACAAUGCUAUCAACUAUUCACAGUCUUGUGGGUGAAAAAUGUGAAAUUGAACAAGAAAGGUGGUGA